GCCACUAUAAUCCGAAAAAUACCCACAUUGGUAUGAUGCUGCGUAACAUGUUCUGGUUGGCGUACAACAAACAGAAAACGCUGUGCCGUUACUACGCGCGUAAGGCCCGCAAUCCUGGAAUUGAUCGGCGUGCCGCCCUACUGCCGGAUGACGCAAAACCCGUGGAGUACGAAAGUUUAGACGACAGUGAGGCUGACUUUCAUCAGGUACACAAAAGCCACAAGCAGUUCGAGGCAGAACAGGCACAGUACCGUGACCGGCUGCAGACGUGGAUCGUUGGAAACAAAUACUUCAAAUCGAAACAGCUCAAUUUCCUAACCUGGUCCGAGAAGGAGCAGAUACGGUAUCUGCACAGUUUCGAUCCGGAGGAAUGGAACAUCGACAAGCUGACGGAAAGCUUUCCCGCGGAUAGGUACACGGUAGCGAAAAUCGUCAAAACGAAAUGGCAACCGAAGGACGGCAAACGGAUGGAACGGCACGAUGCGGCGGUGAAGGAAAAUUGGCAAAUGUUUCGUAGUGGCCGCAUUAAAAACAUUGAUCCUGGAUUUGCGCAGCAUUUGAGCAAGUUCAUGCAGCGGAACGUGGACAAGACGAACGAACUGCGACCCAAACUGGAAACGAAACCACUGUACGAACUAAGACCCUUGCCAGAGGGAGAGUUUAGCGCAAUAGUGACGAGCUGUAAAAAGUAUAAACCGGUCGAGAAGGACAAUGAAUCUCAACAGACGCUUCUGUCGGACGACAGUGGCCAGCCGGAGGGGUCCGAUCAUCAACCGGAAAUAUCGCACCAUGUCGCACCCAAACAGGACACUUUUCUGAUGGGAAAUGUUGAAAAUACGCGGCAUGUAACGUGGACGGAAAUUAAAAGACGAGGAAAUUCAUCAAUACUCGCAGACAAGCGCAACUCAGUCGAGGAUAAUCUGGAGCUUGAUUUGGGGACAGGAAUUGCGGAUAGGUUGGAAAACAUACACAGAAAGUAUGAAACAGCACCGGUGGUGGCCGACUCACUGUACGCUGCGGGUGAUAAAAAGCAGGAGGAUAUAAAGGAGUUUAUAAGAAUUCCCAAAAAGUUGUACAAAAGGGGAGCCACAUACCAGAUGGAUGAUUGUUUUUACGACGACGAUGGAGAGUUCCUGUAUCGAGUGCCUGGUAUGUCAAAUGUUAGAAAGCAGUAG